CCUAUGGUUCUCUUCUUUUUUGUGCAACAGUGCCAAUAAAAUGCAUUAGAGUAGAUUAUAUUGGAGGGAAUACGUUAACUUUAUAAGAAAUAGUAUCGCAUUGUUUGUGUACAUGUAAUCUGAAUCACGCUACUUAAAAAAAGUUGUUCCUUCCGCGCAUGCGCAGUCGUAUCGCGCCCGUUAGCAAGCUGUCAAAAGUUUUUUUUCUCCUUCCACUCCUACUUCUCCCUGAUCGCUAACUAUGGAGCCCGCUCAGCACCACCGCCAGAUUUAUACAUAUCAACACGGAGUUCCAGCUUGCUGUUGAGUCAUGAGCAGCCCUCUGCAAAGCUGAGGUGUUCAGGGGUUGUUCCUCGGCUUGGAAAUUCCAACUUCACAACAGCGACGCUACCUGUUUUGAGCAGCAUGAUUUCCACGAUCAACCGCCUCCAAGACGCCCUGGGCGGUGCUGGGCAGAGCUACUCCCUUCAGCUGCCGCAGAUUGCUGUUGUGGGUGGCCAGAGCUGCGGGAAGAGCUCUGUCCUGGAGAACUUUGUGGGCAGAGACUUCCUUCCACGUGGUUCAGGAAUUGUCACUCGUAGACCUUUAAUCUUGCAGCUGCACCAUGCUGACGCCGAGUACGGUGAAUUUUUACACUGCCGGGGAAAGAAGUUCACAGAUUUUGAGGAGAUCCGCCAGGAAAUAGAAGUCGAAACCUGCCGAAUCACCGGCUCCAAAAAAGGCAUCUCUCCCAUCCCCAUUAACUUGCGGAUUUAUUCCCCCAAUGUGCUCAACCUGACUCUCGUGGACUUGCCGGGCAUCACCAAGGUGCCCGUGGGCGACCAGCCAUCAGACAUAGAAUACCAGAUACGAGACAUGAUCAUGCAGUACAUCUGUCAGAAAAACUGCCUCAUCUUGGCCGUGACGCCCGCCAACACAGACCUGGCCAACUCGGACGCGCUCAAACUGGCCAAAGAUGUUGACCCGCAAGGUCAGCGCACAAUAGGUGUGAUCACCAUGCUGGACCUGAUGGAUAAAGGAACAGAUGCGCGGGAAAUACUAGAGAACAGGCUGCUUCCACUACGAAGAGGUUAUAUCGGGCUGGUGAACCGCAGUCAGAAGGACAUUGACGGGAAAAAGGAUAUACAGGCAGCCCUGAUUGCGGAGAAGAACUUCUUCCUGUCCCACCCGGCUUACAGAGACAUUUCCAACAGAAUGGGCACGCCAUAUUUACAGAGAAGCCUCAACCAGCAACUGACAAAGCACAUCCGGGACAGUCUGCCUGUGCUGCACAGUCAACUGCAAUGCCAGCUUGCGUCCAUCAGUAAAGAAGUUGAAACGUAUAAACUAUAUGAUAGUGACGACGCCAUUGGCAGGACUAAGACACUCAUCAAGCUAGUGCAGCACCUGGCUGGCGAUGUUCAGAAGCUCAUCGAGGGCUCAGCAGACGAAGUAGACACCGUGAGCCUGUCAGGUGGUGCGAGGAUCAACCGGAUCUUCCAUGAGCGCUUCCCAUAUGAACUCCUUAAGAUAAAGUGUGAUGAAAGGAAGCUGCGGCAGGAGAUCGCCUAUGCCAUCAGAAACAUCCAUGGUGUCAGGACAGGUCUGUUCACCCCCGACAUGGCUUUUCAGGCCAUUGUGAAGAAGCAGAUCUCGCAGCUGAAAGUGCCAUGUUUUGAAUUUGUCGACAUGGUCAGUAAAGAACUGGUGGCCACCGUUUAUGAGUGCAUCAAUAAGCUCAGCUCCUUUCCCAAACUGCGGGAUGAAAUUGAGCGAAUUGUCACAGCUGAAAUUAGAGACCAAGAGAGCACAUGCCGCCAUCAGAUCUCGCUGCUUAUCGACAUGCAGCUUGCUUACAUUAAUACCAAACAUGAAGAUUUUAUUGGCUUUGCUCAUGCUCAGAACACAUGCAACCGAAGUGAUAACAAGAAUGUUGCAGGCAGUGGAGCACAACAGGGUGUGGCCCGUCCCUCGAGUCUAAUAGUUAUACACAAAGGCUGGCUCACCGUCACCAACAUUAGCAUCAUUGCCAAGGACUACUGGUUCGUUCUCACUGCUGAGAGCCUCUGCUGGUUCAAGGAUGAUGAGGAGACUGAGAAGAGGUACAUGCUUCGUCUGGACAACCUGAAGCUCCGUGAUGUGGACAAGGGCUUCAUGUCCAGCAAAUUUGCCUUCGCACUCUUCAAUACCGAGUCAAGGAAUGUCUACAAGGAACACAAAUUCCUGGAGCUGUCCUGUAACAGUCAGGAGGAGCUGGACAGCUGGAAGUCCUCAAUGCUUCGGGCCGGCAUCUACCCCGAGGAGGUCGCAGUCCAUACGCUGGAUAAUGCGGUGUCACAGAACUUCACCGACCCUCAGCUGGAGCGCCAGGUGGAAACCAUUCGCAACCUGGUGGAAUCUUACAUGAGCAUUAUCCAUAAGACAGUCAAGGACUUGAUGCCCAAGGCCGUCAUGCACCUGAUGAUCAACAGCGUGAAAGAGUUCAUUAGCUCGGAGCUCCUGGCCCAGCUCUACGCUGUGGGAGACUGCUCGGCGCUGAUGGAUGAGUCACCCGAGCAGCGGCAGUGUCGGGAGAAAGUGCUCGGUAUACACGCAGCCCUGCAAGCGGCGCUCACCAUCAUCGGGGAACUUUCCACCUCGAACCACUCCACCCCCUUGAACCACUCUCAAUCUUGGAUGCAGCCCUGCAGCACAACGUACCCUAAAAAGGUGACUGCCAGCAAGUCUCGAACCCGUGGCCGCGCCCCACCUGUUCCCGCUCAUGCUGACCCGUCCGGCCGCGGCCCAGCUUGUGUGCCCAGGAGGCCCGCUCCAGCCAUCCCAGCAAACACCAAAUAGGAGGGCAUGGCACUGACCCAUCUGCCUCCCCUCGCCUCACCCACCAGCAGUCGUGAGCUUGUUUUGUUCAUUCUAGCUUUGGCCGCAGUGGCAGGAAUGUGCUCGGCUGUUUGCUGACUUUCCUCAAGUGCCAGUGUAAAUAUAAUUAACAGCUAUUCUAUAAAACACUAUUUUUUAAAUCUUUUUUUUAAAUAAAGAGGGUGUUUUAUUUUUGAAUAACGUUCAUCUUUAAUUUGGAACAAUUUGAAUUACAGCUGUGGUGAAUUUGGGGCCUUCUGCAAAAUUACAACUGCCAAACAAUUAGCAAACCUUAUGACUUUAAAAUAUAUAUCAAGAUCAGUUGUUAGAUUGCUGUUAUACACUGACCGGGUACAACAUUAGGUACACAUAUGCAAUACAAAAAAAUGUGUCCGCCUGAUAAAUGGACUCGGACGUUUCAAUAUAAAAAUAUCUUUGUAAAGGCUGGGUUUUGAUACAGCUCAUGUAUUGGAUGCCGCCUAAUUGUGAAAGUGUACCAAAUGUUGUGGCCGGUGAGUGUAUAUAAAAUGUAUAGCUUCUGACUGUAUUAAAAACAAAUACACACACAAGCAGGCAGACAGAAUAAGUAUUUUAUUUAAGUAUUGCAAUGAGUGGUGUUCCAUUAAAUUUAUAUGGCAGGAGCGUGCUGCCCUCUACAGGUCAAAACGUUUAGCGUCAAAAACAAUGACGAAAUACUGAUGCUACAAGUUACAGGACGCUCGUAACGUCUUUGCAAACAGGUUUUCCCCAUGUUAAUAGUGAAAACAAAUAAGCAGAGCAAAUUAUAGUAACCCUGUGUUUUAUUACACAAUUUACAUAAUUUUUUAAACCCUAAAAUCCAUGAAUUGUAUUAAAAAUCUUGAGGUGACAUUGAUGCCACUGCAGUAUUGUAAUUAAAGCCAUUACAGUCAACACUACAAACACUGUUAACCUUAUAUUUGAUUUAAAAACAUGCACAGAAUCAUUGGGUCCUGUCAACACCUUUCAUUAACUGUUGAGGUAAAAUUUUUAAAUAGCAGCUACAACCAACAAAAAACUGCAGGUAAAUAACAGGUUGUCCAAAAGUGGACCAUUUUUUUAAAAAGGGGUUCUGCUGCUAAAAUAAUGUAAUGUGGAUUGACAAAUGUAUCAAAUUAAUGGUACACCUGCACAAUCUAAUGAGAUCCAAUACAAAAAUUCUGCCUUCAAAUAAAGUAAUGUUUAUUAUUGUGAUUGGCUAUUUGUAAUACUUGAUAUACCAUUUAGCUAUGCAGUGCAUUUCUAUAGCAGUAUGAGUCAAAACACCAUUAUCUUUAAGUGAUGUGUUGGCUCAUUAGAUAGUGCCGGUGUGCCUAAUGAAGUGUCCAGUGCAUCUACUUUAUGUGCUUCACUCAGGUUUUCAGUGAAGGAAGCAGCUGAGGUCCUCGUGGAUCUCCGCCUCGUCCCAGGGUCCGUGGAUGUUGUCUUUGUGCCUCUGCAGCCACAAUAGCAGUGCGGGGCAAAGCAGCGUCACGCUCAGAACUGCCAGGGCCAAGAGCACGGCCCCGCCGGGCGACUGCAACGCCAGGCCACUCGCACCCGCCACACAAACCCCGGCGCACGCGCUGGUGAAGUGGCAUGGGGCAUUGUCCCUCAUCCUCAUCAGCAGGCACGGCCACAGGGCAAAGAUCAGCAGAGCGCAGCUGAGCAUGGCGAAGGUGUGGAGGGCCCCUGGGAGCCUGGAGGCCAGGCAGACAGACGCAAAAAGCGCCGCGUUCAAAGACAAGCUGCCAGGCGGGGAGGGAUGGGCGUAAGGGAACGACACCAGGUGGGCCAGCAGCAUGACUGCCGACAUGGCAUACACCGUGUCUGUACUCACUGACUCAGUUAGGGUCUUUAGCACAGGUGAGAAGCCAAAAGUGAAGGAAAGGAAGAUAGUGGCACUCUGUAAGUCAGCGAGACGAGUCCGGGUCUUGCACUCCAGCUGGGAUGUGAGGACUUGGUACAGUCCGUAGCCCAGCAGGGCACUUGCCAGGCUGGUUCCAAGUAGUCUCUCUGGGGACAGCAGGCCCUGAAAGCCAUUGCACAUGAGAGAAAAAUGUGUUAACUUUGUUGUCAUUGUGCAGGUGCACAGACAAUGAAAUGCAUUUAGCAUGUUACCAUAAAUGCAAACUUAUUUAUAAUUUAAGAGAACAGCAACAGGAGAUCAAGGUUAUCUGUUAGACAUGCUUGUGUGGCUUUUAUAGGGCUUCCUCUCACAUCUCAAACACGCAUGGAAGGCUAAGUGGAGGCUUGUCCAUAUCCAUGGGUGUGAAUGUGAGUGUGUCUACAUGCGCCCUAUGACUGGCUGGCGAGCAGUCCAGGGUGUGCCCCACCUCUCACCCAAACGGUCAGCUCGCAUAGGCUCCAGCCCAUGACGCUAAUGAAGACAAGCAAUACAGAUAAUGGAUAUGAUGCAAAGCACAUAGUAAAUGCAAAUUAAGACUAUUCACUGCAAAAGGAGACUAGUGUAUGCAAAAAAACGAGCAAUGAGUAGCCAAAAGGCACUAUCAGUGACAGCAUUCCGGGGUUUUCCAAUACAGUGUGCUUUACCUGCUCCAUGUAGAGCCAGAGAGUGAUGAAAAUGGCCACGCAGGACAGCUGCUGCCCCACCAGGGCGGCCUCUCUCACCACGGCCCAGUAUUGGUACUGACGGAUGCCUUCGUUCCUCCGUAACUCCUCCAAGAACCUGCGGUCCACGUAAUUGUCCGGGUAGGGCUGGCGCUCCCACAACACCUUUCUCCAGGGCACGGCUGGACCAGGGUAGCUGUCUGGCCCCAUCACUCUGAGCCCCGACACAAAAUUAAAACAAAAAAAACAUGUUACAGUAGUAGUAUGCAAGGGCUUUUUUGUUACUUUAUUGUUAACUAUUUUAAUCUACUGUCUAUCUGUAAAUAUUUACACAACAUCGCGAGUUAAAUCGCACUUCCGGUUUGAUUCCUUGGUCAAACCACAAAGUGAACAUGUAUCUGUGUUAUUGCAUUUUCUAGUAUUAUUUAUAGAUUAAAUAACUAAUAAUCAAGUGAACGAUCAAGGAUUAAUAACAUCUUACCUGAGGAGAACGUUUUUGAGCGCCAAUGCUACUCUGACAGCAUGGUUGAUUUCCGAAGUGAAGGUAGUCUGUUGGUACGCGGUACAGCUGACAGCGCUCCCUGGCUGUUGGCGUGUAGACAAAUGCUCUCUAGUCAACAAUCAACAGCUAACAGCAACCCUCCAGUUUUCCCCGAGAAUCGACCCUGAUUCGCCUUCCUUUCCCGACCCACCCCUUCUUUUAUAACAGUUUGUCGUAUUUCAUUUAAAAAAAUCGCUUCUGCCAGAGCAGCACAGUCCACGCGACAACACUCGAGCGAAAUAAAUCCGGUAGCUGGUAAAACUUAAGCCUUCAAAAUAAAGCACACCACACGGUUACACCACUGAACUCUAUAACUGGAAUGCUCCCGAUCGCUUGCUGCGCAUUGGAGGCUUGAAGCCACCGGAAGUUUAGAAGUCGCCAUGUUGUUUCACCCAAAACAAGAAAGCCUCGGAACUAAGAGGAGUUCGAGAUGCCGUCUUGUGCUGCUAUUAAUUACACAAAUCGUGAUACUCGUGAAAAUCACGAGAAGGGACUUACAUUUCACAGGUAGGUUAAGUCCUAAGAAAUAAUAAAAAAUCGUUUAAAAAAAUAGAUACUUUAAAUCUGUAAGCAUCUUUUCAUCUAAGUAGUUGUAAAUUACCCCUUAUUCUCCUUUAGAUUUCCACACUGCAAUGCUCAACUUCUAAAGCAAUGGGUAGCAUAUAUGCGGAGAGACAGGUGGAUUCCUGCAGCCAGAUCGCAACUCUGUUGUAGUCAUUUCACCGAGGAGAACUUCGACAGGACCGGCCAGACUGUUAGAUUGCGACAAAAUGCAGUUCCAACAAUAUUUGACUUAACCUGAUCAUCUUCUAAAGCAUAACAAGCUACCGAGCGACGACAAAAACACGGUAAGAAAAUAUUUUGUCUUUGCUUUGUGUUCUGUUUAGUCUUUAGCGUGCUUGCACACUAUACAGUAUAGCCUUCCCAUUCAUUCUGUAAACAACAUAACAAGCAACCGAACGACGACAAAAAGUCACCGAAAAUUAUGUUGUCCUUUUUGUCUUUGCUUUGUUUGGGUGCUUUUAUAAUGUUUAGAGUGGUUUAACUUUUGUUUUUACCGCUAUUGCACAAUAAUACAACAAGCUACCGAGCGACGACACGACGACAAAAAAUACGCUAAGCUACCGAAAUAUAUUUUGUCCUUUUGUCUUUGUUUUGUUUGGGUGCUUUUAUAAUGUUUACAGUGGUUUAACUUUUGUUUUUUUUACCGCUAUUGCACAAUAAUAACAACAAGCUAUCGAGCGACGACACGACGACAAAAACACGCUUUUGUAUUUCUGUUUAGUUCUGAUUGUGCUUUCAAAUUGUCUGUGGUGGUUUGGGUGCUUUUAUAAUGUUUUAAUAGUGGUUUAGCUUUAGUUUUUUUUUUUACCGCUAUUGUUCAUUGUACGACCGCACGCACGUACAUAGUCUCGAGUGUGGAUGAAAAUUUAUAAUCGCACUAAUGCAAUUUGAUACAUUUUUAUGCUAUUACACUAUAGCCUUCCCAUUCAUGAAUUACUGUCUCUGUCCUGUGCACUUGUUUUUGUGUGUAAAAUCUCACAUUGUCAUUGCAUAGCCUGCACUUGUAUUAAUGUAGCCUCUGUUUGUUGUUGUAUAAUAAUUGUAAUAUUUCUGUCACUGUAGAGAAAAUGAAGAAGAGCCUGUUUUUCUUAAAUAAUGCACCACCACUACUUAAAUAAUUCUUAAAUAAUGCCCUGCCUCAAAAGGCAUUUUAGGACUGCAUGUGUGUGUUCUUGUCACGUUCUGUUUUUGUUCUUCAUAGUCCAAGUGACUAUGAAUUAAUACAAUCUACGAGAGGGUAAGUGCCAUUUUAAUACAUACUUUUGAAUGAAUGAAAUAGUGAGUGAGUGAUGUUUUUUGAAUGAACGAAAUCUAUCAGUCGCUAAUCGUGCUUCCUCUGCUUUUAGACACACAUUGAAGAUACAUGUACAAGAAUACAAGAAUGAAGAUACAGUCAAACCUGUCUUAGCGGCCACCUGCCUAUAGUGGCCACUGAAGAAACCCCCGCAUCAAAUUUACGCGUUAUAGAUCACCCCUCUAUAGGGUGAUAAUUUUCAUUUCUAUCAAAUUAUGUGGCAUCAUUUUGUUACUAAUACAUCACCCACUUAUUAUCAGGAAAGAUUUUUUCCCCCAGUUUAGAUCUGAUGUGUUUUCGAAGUGUUCCUCUAAUUUUUUGAGCAGUGUAGUUGCAUCCAGACGGGAAUGGGUCACUGUGUGAAAACUAUGUAAUACACAAGGAAUGCCUAUGUGUGAUACACGGACGGACGCACGUGACACCAAACUAUAGUAGAAGAAGAAAGAACGUACACGUGUAAGUACGUCAUCUUCCGGUUUCCAAGGCUCAUCCGGAUUUACGACGAAGUGGAAUUACUUGUAGAGUUUCUGAUUUUCUCACUCUGGAAGCCAUUUUAAAAAGAUGUCAGGUCACCCGGGAUGCCGUUUCCGUGUGACAGGCAGAAACGAUAAAAUACUUUGCUGUAGAAGACGGUUCCGUGUGAAUACCCCCCUCAAAAGAUGUAUUGCAUUGGCCGGGAAUCGAACCCGGGCCUCCCGCGUGGCAGGCGAGAAUUCUACCACUGAACCACCAAUGCAUAUGCACAUAUCUUGGAUGUGGUAUAUUUCUCUCCAGAGGUGUCGCUGCGCGCGCACAGUUGUCCUUUCAUUGUUGCCCUGGACUUCGGCGUGGCAACACAGUAAGCUAACGUAAUAAAAUAUUUGGUCUGUUUGGGGUGUUUUUAAAUAUAAAGGCCUUCACUUCCCUAGCUUCAUUAAUAACGAUGACUUCUGUGAUCAACAGCGCAAAACUCUUUAUCUUUCCGUAUCUUGCUUAUUUUUCCGACCUCAAUGAAAUUUUCAACACUUUCAGCAUAUGGGAACUAUGAACAUUUUAUCUUAUUUGACUAGUUAACAUAAUUGUUUAAUCAAUGUAGCACAGACAAAUUGUCUUUUGAACAUUGACAGGACAUGCCCCAGACAUGGUAGGACUUGCACAUGAUCAUUGAAAAAUCGAUAGGUAAUCAUCCUACCUACCAUUUAUCGUAAUCUGAUGUAAUGUAAUCCUUCCAUUUGAACCGGUUGAAUUUUAGCUUCACUUUUGUCUACUCGAUGAGUGCUAUGAUUGAUGUAAGUCUGCUUUUGAAAUUGAUAUUAGACCGAAAGGGAGAUUUUGAACAAACAUAAUGCAACUAAUGUAGUAACUAGUAUCCUAUGUUAAAAAAAAACAGCCAUAAAGCCCCAUUUCGGGGCAAUCGCCAGUACUCUCGAUUGAGACCUGUGCGCGCACACCAACAGGUUUUCAACACCGAGAGUUCGGGGGUUUUAAUUUAUCCACGAGAUUAUGUCAUUUUUAAACCCAAUUUAACAACAGAACAUGAAGUGAGUGACUUAUAAGUAUUGGUUUCAUUUAGUGCAGCAUUUAGUGCGCGCGUUUGUGAGCCUUCUAUCCCGCACGAUUUGAAAAACAACAAUCGUGUCUCAAGCAGCGUUGCCAGACGUAUGAUAGUUUCACCCCCUAUCAACAGUUCCAAAACCCAAAAUGUAAGAUAAUUUGACCUAAUCAAUGCAUGGCAAUUGGCAAACAGGAUACACCAUUAACUGCGCCUGAUAUUGGACAUUUUUUCACGUGCCUCUUUUCAUCCAAGUGGGGGCGCUGUUGUACCAGAGGCAUUGUCGCUGUGCAAUCCGUCCCGGAAACGCAAUCGGUACUACGCAUGCGCGAGAGUCAAGUCACUUACUGCAUUAUUUUUACUAUAGCAAUUCUCCUAUGUCACGUGGUGUGGUAGUUAUUUCUUUAAUUUAUGAACACAAAUGGUCAAUAACCAUUCUUCAUAUAUAUAAUAUAUUGGAUGGGAAGUGAAGCUUUAUUAGUGGUUAUUAUU